GAUGUUGGCAGCGUCCCACUGGACUGUGCUGGCCGGCCCGAGAUGUGGGACUCACAGAAGCGCAGUUGGUGCUGUGGCAUUCCUGGCAUCCACUGCGGGAGCACCGUCGUGAUUCAUCACCAUGUGAUUGUACCUUAUCACUGCGAUGCUGGCUACUCCCAUUGGUCAAAUGCUUGGAGCAGUGCCAAGCAGGACUUCUGUUGCCAACAUUCUGGUCGAGGUUGUCAAGCUUAUCAUUGUCGAGAAGGCUUUGAGACCUCGUACAACACUUGGUCUUCCUCUAAACGGGCAUAUUGCUGUGCGCAUUUCCAGAUGGGGUGUAAAGUCAUGAACUAUGACUGCUCAGCUGACCUGUCUCACUGGCAGCACAAGUGGACCGAGCACAAGAAGUCUUGGUGCUGCAAGACAGUGGGCAAGGGAUGCCCAAAGACUUACAGUUGCACGACCAGUGCGGUGAACAAGCCAAGCACCUGGGCUCAGGAGAGACAGGAUUGGUGUUGCCUUCAGUACGGCGUGGGCUGCCCGCACUACUCUGCGCCGUACGAGUGCAAGGGUGGCACUGCCGACAUACUUGGGUGGUCGAAAGGCCGGCGAGACUGGUGCUGCAAGCACUAUCAUCGCGGAUGCGCGAAGGAUGUUGUGACAAAGCCGUUCGAUUGUUCUGCCGGACUCCAUGAUUCGAAGACACUCUGGCCCAAGAGCAAGAAGGAAUGGUGCUGUCACCAUGAGAAGCGCGGCUGCGACUCUGUGUUGGGCGGGAGUUUUGACUGCGACGAGGGCUUCGAGAACUGGCAGAGGGGGUGGUCUCCAUCGAAGCAGGAGUGGUGCUGUGCACAGGAAAGCAAAGGUUGUGCGGAACAUUUCACCUGCGAGCGAUCGAAAGAAGACGAGUGGUCUGACGCCGAGCAGGACUACUGUUGCGACAAGUUCCACUACUGCAGGACGGAGCCGGCCGAGGUCUUUGAUUGCAAAGCCGGCUAUGAGGAUUGGGAGCAUCUUUGGUCUCCUGCAAAGCAGGAAUGGUGCUGCAACGGCUACGGACGUGGUUGUCCCGUCUCUGAGCCUUUUGACUGCCAAGCUGGCCUGUCCAACUGGCAUGCCGGGUGGUCUGACAAAAAGAAGGAUUACUGCUGUCACAAGCAUGAGCUUGGAUGCGACAGUGAUGAAGGUGAGUCCAUAGGAUCCAUGCAGAUUGACUGCGCAUCAGACUACAUCAAUUGGCAGAAGUGGUCAUCUGGCAAGAAGCUGUACUGUUGUGACAAGUACAAUCUGGCCUGUGAGGGAAACGACCACCAUGUUCAUCAUGUGACGGGUAUGGUGGACCAUAUACAUGCAGAGCCUUAUGACUGUGCGGCUGGGUUCGACAACUGGCAUCGUGGUUGGUCCAGGCACAAGAAAGGAUACUGCUGCGACAAAUACCAGCUCGGAUGCUCGCACGGCUACAUGGGUGGACUUGGCUGGCACGAUUUACAUGCCACGCCUGGUCGUGUGUCAGUCACGACAGUACAUCACCACCACAUCCAUGUUCACGGCUAG